AUGGAGAGGAGGAAGAUGGCGCAGGUCGCCACGUACGUCGCGGUGGCGCUCGCCGCGUUCCUCUUCUGGCAGUCCACGCGCAGCCCCGCCCCCACGCCGACGCCGACGCCGUCCCCGGGGGCCUCCGUGUUCCCGCGGGCGGAGUCGGCGGUGCUCCCGGACCCGGCCCGCUUCUUCGCCCCGCACCUCCUCGCCGCGCCGCUCCCCACCAGCUCCUUCUUCCAGAACUUCGCGCUCAACGACGGGGACCAGCCCGAGUACAUCCACCCCUACCUGGUCAAGUCCGCCGCGGGGGGGCUCAAGGUGUGCUACCCCAAGAGCGUCCACUCCCCGUCCUUCCACGCCCAGGCCUUCGUCGCCGACCUCACCCUCUCCUCCCCGUCCGACGCCGACACCGCGGCCGGGGCCGGAUGGCGCCACCACAUCGCCGCCUUCGACGACCUCUCCGUCACCCUCGACUUCUCCCGGUCGCUGCGCGCGUUCCUCGUCCGCGGCAGCCCCUUCGUCACCGUCUCCACCAUGUGCGCCCGUUGCCCCGUCGACAUCUCCAUCGCCUCCGUCCACGCCUUCCUCGAGGCCGCCCCCCGCGACGACUCGCUCACCAGGUGGCGCCUCCGGAUGAACAGCGGCCAGACCUUCCUCCUCUACGCCUCCGCGCCGAUCCGCCUGUCCAUGUCCAGCGUCACGCGGCUCGCGGCGCCCGGCUUCCUUGGCGUCAUCCGCGUCGCGUUCCUGCCCGACGCGGCCAUGGAGGCCGUGCUCGACCGGUACAGCGGCCGCUACCCGACGGCCGGGGUGGCCGCGCUGGACCGCCCCUUCUCCGUCGACUACGCCUGGUGCACGCAGGGGUCGGGGGACCUGCUCAUGCUCGCCCACCCGCUCCACCUCCGGCUGCUCUCCAAGGACAGCCGCGUCCGGGUGCUCGACGACUUCAGGUACCGCAGCAUCGACGGCGACCUGGUCGGCGUCGUCGGCGACGCCUGGGCUCUGAGGACCGACCCGGUGUUCCCCACCUGGCAUUCCACCCGGGGCAUCAGCGAGGACGGGGUGCCCGAGAUCGUGGCCGCGCUGCGCAAGGACGUGGAUGAGCUCGCCUCCAGCCCCAUCACGACCACCUCGUCCUACUUCUACGGCAAGGCGGUCGCCAGGGCCGCGAGGCUGGCGUUGAUCGCCGAGGAGGUCGGGUGCCCCGACGUCAUCCCGGCGGUGCACCGGUUCCUGAAUGCCACCGUCACGCCCUGGCUGGACGGCAGCUUCGAGGGCAAUGGCUUCCUGUACGAUCCCAAGUGGGGCGGCCUCGUCACUCGGCAGGGGAUGACGGACACCGGCGCCGACUUCGGCUUCGGGGUCUACAACGACCACCACUACCACCUGGGCUACUUCGUGUACGCCAUUGCUGUGCUCGCCAAGAUCGACCCGGCCUGGGGGCGCGAGUACAUGCCGCAGGCCUGCUCCAUGGUCGCCGAUUUCAUGACGCUGUCGCGAGGAGCCGGCGCGAGCUACCCGAGGCUGAGGACGUUUGAUCUCUGGAAGCUGCAUUCCUGGGCCGGGGGCCUGACGGAGUUCGGCGACGGGCGCAACCAGGAGAGCACCAGCGAGGCCGUGAACGCCUACUACUCCGCCGCGCUCCUCGGGCUGAGCUACGGGGACAAACACCUCGUCUCCGCCGCGGCCACGCUCACCGCGCUCGAGAUGCUGGCGGCGCAGACAUGGUGGCACAUCCGUGAGGGCGACGCGAUCUACGAGGACGACUUCACCAGCAACAACCGCCUCGUCGGCGUCGUGUGGGCCAACAAAAGGGACAGCGGCCUCUGGUUCGCGCCGCCGGAGUGGAAGGAGUGCAGGCUGGGCAUCCAGCUCCUGCCGAUCGUGCCCAUCAGCGAGGCCCUCUUCCCGGACGCCGGCUUCGUCAAGGAGCUGGUGAGCUGGACCGCGCCGGCGUUGGCCAGGGACGGCGUCGGCGACGGGUGGAAGGGGUUCGUGUACGCCUUGGAGGGGGUCUAUGACAAGGAGUCGGCGCUGGCCAAGACGAGGGCGCUGGCGUCGCACGACGACGGCAACACGCUGACCAACCUGCUGUGGUGGCUCCACAGCCGCGGCUCGCCGGGCGCCGACAUUGCUGCUGUUGGUGGCGCCGGUGCGGUCGCCGUUGAUGCUGCUGGUGGUACUGCUCAUGGAAUGCUCUUGGAUAUGCUCGCGGCGGAAGAAUCUCUGGCUUCAGCGUGA